ACGAGAAACGGGGGUGUGCCAUUGUUGUGCCAUUACCACUUGUCAACAAUUGCUUCGAUUCUACGCUCAAGUCAUAAAGCGCCCGGACUGACGACACAAGGGUCAUGUGACCAUCUGCCGCGUGCACCCACGACUCCGUUGAUUGGUCACAGACAGCCACGCAAGUCUUAUAAAGUCCUCUCUCCAAAUUUAACGUGUUUUCAUUAGCAACAGUCUUGGCUGUACAUAUACCCCUUCCCUGCCGGAACCAUUCUGAAUAUACUACAAUGAAGUCUCAAAUCACCACCUAUGUGAACGUGGUGGUUCUGACAAUAUGUUUCAGUUUCUUUGUCGCAAAAGUGUCCGCCAUAUACUGUGUACAGUGCAGCAGCGAGACCAACCCAUACUGCCAGGUGCCGGACAUGAUUGACCCCAUGCCUUGCCCAGCUGACCACGACUUCUGUGUGACCACUGUUGUCUUCAUGGGGAACUUGAUAAGUGGAGAUCGCAUUUUGAAAAGAGGUUGCAGUGUUAGCCAUUCAUCCGGCUGUGUACAGAACAAUCAGUAUCUCACCUGCCACAUCCCAUGUCGGCAGAACGGCUGCAACGCCGACGUCAGCCUCCUCAGGUAACAACUUCGACGAAGAUGGAAAAAUCUCCUAUCAUUGUAUCGCAUGCCAUACUGGAUUAUGGUUUCAAUACGUCAACGAUUCAGGCCGACUUGGCACAGCAAAUCUGUGACUGUGAACUAUCGUUGUCAUCGAUGGCAUCUUGUUUCUGAUGAUGUCUGUAGACGUCAUGUCACGAUGAAAAGACAAUGACAUUUGUUCUCAUUUUGUCAUCAAAUAGGAUCUGAUGAAUGUGAUUGCGACAUUAAAGUAUUAAACAACCAGUACGUCAGAUCUGUCAAUUUGUCAAGUGCUAUUUAUUACUCUUUUCAUGGCACGUGGAGAGAUGUGUCUUGUUUCGAUAGUUGUAAGAUAUUUGGUACUGUAACUAUGUCAUUAGUUCAAUUACAAUAUAAAGCAUAAUUAUGUUAGAACGUUACAAGGGCUGUAUUAUGUAUACUGGACAAAAUAAGUUAGGGAUAUUGGUAUUUUUAUGAUUGAUAUUUUAUCAAUGUGUCAAUGAAUAAAUACAUCAUUAUUCAUAAUUUCAAAAUUUACAUAUAUCCCUAACUACUUUUGUCCAGUAUAUAUAGAUCGUUUUGCACUGAUCUUUGGCAGAAAGAUAGGCGUUCUUAAGAUACACUCAACACAGCAAUCGCACGAAAUGCAUUUACGUAUUAUUUCAUGUGAAUAAAGUCACCGUUUAAGUGUAA